ACUGAUUCACUAGAUUAGAGGGAGCUUUGCCUGUUGUUGUGUGGGAAUGCAGUUGGCUAGUAAUCACGUGUGCUGAUUCACUGACAAAUCUUUGAUAACAGGAGAGAAAGUUGAUACUGAUCUGUACUCAUUUAGGUGGUCUGGCUUGUGUGCAUAUGUAUUGUAUGUUUUUGUGAUAGCCUCAUGACUUCUAAUGAGAAAUCUAUGAAUCAACAAUAUUUUAUUCCCAGCAGAACUUUACUCUUAACUUUAAUCCAAAACAUUGUCCCCUUUCCACUAUUUUCCCCCGAUCCAAACAUGCACACAGGUGCAAUCUCUCCUCCCACGCAUCUGCACUCUGACUCGGUCAGCGAUUGGACUUUUGACGUCAUUGCACAUCAGCAGGUCUCUCUGAAGGUCCCUGUGGAUCAGUCUGGCUCUAACUAAUCUCUCAUAUCCAGUAAGACAACAUUCUUCCCCAGGUCCUGUUCUUAGAAAAAAAAAAAAAAACGACUGUGAGUGGGAAGGCCUUACAUUCCUCUUGUGGCUUUGCACUGCUCUGUCUUUCGCUUUCCUUCUCCCUCUCUCAUUCCCCUCUCCCUCCCUCCGUUUCUUAUGCCUUUCCUAGAUAUUUCCAGAUGUGGGUUAGCCUGGCUCUUUUGCUGUUAUACUCUACCUCUGGCUACAAAUGAUAACCAAGACCAGAGUUGUAUAGUACCGCUGCUGGCCAGGUCCUUCACUGCUUCCCCUGCUCCUUAACAUUUGACAGGCUUUAUGACAGCCACUGUUGUUCUGGGACCUUUACCCUCCAGGAUAUUGAGCUUACACUGACAUUGUGGCUUUAAACUGGGCUUGAUUGAUUUUUGGAUAAGCUUAUAAGGAAGCAGACAGUCCAAGGGUAAGAGAGACAGGGCUGGACGGAUUCUAGUUCCACAAGCGGAAAGAUUUCAAGUGGCUGCUGGAGAUUUAUUUGUCCGUUAAAUGUAGUCGGCUAAAGUCAACUGAAUUCAGGGUGUUAAUGUAAAACGUUUUUGCGUCAAACAGUGUGAACAUAAAGGCUCUUGUAUUUCACUUUGUAAUGUGUUAAACUGUUGCAUAUACUUGCUAGACUAGUGCUGGCACUUGCAACACUUCCAGCAGGGAUUAAUACCAUCAGUGCAGACUUUCUCUGUCCUUUGUUGUGUCCACAUGUUGUUUAUUUUGUUGUCUGGCCUAGCACGGCUUUCAGGUGAAUAUUACAUCACUGCCAUCUGGAAAUUAUUUCCCCAAAGAAAGAAUCUAAGUGAUGUUCACUAGGAAAACAAGUUUAGACGUUUAGCAGCUCUGCCUGGCCUCCAUCCAGAUCUGAUUACCUGGCCGGUUUCAUCACUUUCUAAAAAAUAGUAAAAGGUUGACAGAGGGAAACAGAGACACAGAGAGAGGGAGAAAGUUGGUGAUUGAAGAAGGCUGGGGAGGGGAGCAUUUCCAGUAAUCAUCAUGAAGGCGGCGUUGUCCUUCCCUUCCUGUUUUCUCUCGUGUCUCAGACACAGUCCAGGUGACAUGAACAGUGAACACGGUGGAUCUGCUCUGUCGUUGCAGACACAGGGACAUCACUCUGCUUCAUCCAAGCCUCAAAGUCUCUUUAGGAUGUCUGAGGGAGACGUUACAGUGCUGCCAUUCGGGCCUGCAUCUCUGGAUCUGUCCAGGCAGGAGAACCGGACACUGACCAGACUGUACAGCCAGAACGGAGGAUAUCACCUGAGGAUUUUACCAGAUGGAACUGUGAGUGGAGGCAGGCAGGAAAAUGACCCUUAUGACGUGCUGAGGCUGAAGGCUGUGAGCGUAGGAGUGGUGGUCAUCAAGGGUGAGAUGACAGGAAGGUACCUGGCUAUGAACAAAAAUGGACGUCUCUAUGGAUCACAAGCACUGAGCGAUGAGUGUUACUUCCUGGAGAAGUAUGAAGAAAACCACUACAACACAUAUUGCUCUCAGAAGUACAACUGGUAUGUUGGGCUGAAGAGGAAUGGUCAACCCAAAGCAGGACCAGACACCCACCAGGGUCAGAAGGCCAUCUUUUUUCUGCCAAGGCCUGCAGGCAACAUGUAAAGCAAGACAGCACCAAGAACCAUGGACACGCUCACUGAAGUCUUUAAAUACACAGUAAAAGUGCAAUUUUACACUGGGCAAAGUAUCCUAUUGAAAGGUCACUUAAAAUUAGUACAAAAGCCCGGGGUAAACAUGUAAUACUAUUCUGACAGUUAGUUCAAGCCCUAUUUUCAUGUUAUUCCCCUGCUUCAUGCAGGGAAUAUGCGAUUGAGCAAAGCAGCUUAUACUGUAUAUGAUCAUGAGUGCUGUCUCGGUACAAGCACAUACACAGCUUAUCACUGCAGACAGAAAAUGUGUGCGGUAUCAGUGCAUGUCAGUCUUGAUAAAUGGGUGUUCACUUUGAACCCUGGUAUGAAAUUCCACUGCUGGAAGACAGCUUUUACACGGAAAUAGUUUUAUAAUUGAUCAUGUCUGGCACAAAGGAAACCAACAAGGCAGUAAAAAUAAGAAAGCAGACCGUCUGGUGUUGAAUUCAAGCAAACAAAGUCUACAGCAAAGGGAAUAAUAGUGUAUUUAUAUAAUUAUUUCAGUGCAUUGC